ACAGUACUCCGUCGUCUUUGCUUCCUUCUCCUUUUUACGACUUUCCCUAUUACCGCAACUACCUCAUUCCAAGGCAUUUAUAGCUGACUUGUCCUUCUCUUGACGAGCAUCGAGUAUCGAGUCUCAUCGCACGGUUACCAUGAAACCAAGAGAAUACUGUUGUUGUGCCCUUCCUCUCAUCAAUGCUGGAAUAUAUGCUGCAUUGACGGAGCAGUUCAUUGCUGCUUUUGUCGCAGGCAUCCUUUCAAUGGCGACGCCAUCUAUUGUUGGAGCCGCCACUCCCUCGUUUGCAACGUGGCUAUUCGGAAUCGUCUGUCUCGUCACCGCAGCUCUACAAGUACUAGGACUCAUCGCAGUCGCAAAGGAAAAUUCUAUUCUAUUUCGCCGAUACCUGAGCCUUCAUACCAUCAUGGUCCUCGCAGUUUUCUCAUUGGGUGCAGCUUGGACUAUUGUCUCUGCAACUCGCCAUUCUACCGCCAAGUCAAAUUGCAUCAACAACUUCUUUGAUACUUCAAAUAGUGACCAAGCAUCUGAAGCCGAUACCCUUUGCCAGAUUUUCCCGUGGGUUGAUGUGGGUAUCAUGGGCGGUUUGUGGGUCCUAUUUGCCAUUGUGCAUGUUUAUUUGUAUGUGGUCUUGUGUUCGUAUAGCUCCAUGCAACAAAAAGAUCAUGCCAAAUACAACGCCCUCAACGAUUCUGCAAACGCAUUUAAUGACAACAUUCCCAUGAAUACCCGCGGAGACCCUUGGGACACUAGACCUUCCACUGAUGCACCCUAUGGACGUGGUCAUACGCGUCAGACAAGCGACAUGAGCAUGUCUGAUGUUAUGGCGCAACCAGUGCGAAGACCGACGGACGAAGUUUCUGUAUACAGCUAUUCACAAUAUCCACCACUGCCUGCAGAUGCCCACACAACAGACGAGAGUCCGACACCCAAGUAUAGUGACUCCUUCUAUGGGGGACCAUCGCCUCAUGGAGAAAAGCCUGCUCAUACACAAGCUCAUCCGGGUCAGUUAUGAUUCGCUUUAGCGAUGGUUCUAGCUGGGCAGCAUUUGUGGCGGUCAAGCUGCCGAAGGCUCAUUUCGGAGGAAAACUCCUCGUUUAGUGAAGGCUCAACGAUGGGUCUGAACAUUUGCAUAUUACCGCCGGACAUUUCCGUAGUUGUCAACGAGAUAAUAUCUACUGUACUAUCUGAUGAUCUGUUUUACACGUUUUCAUUCUGCUCCCACAGUCCCAACGCAAGAGAAUAUCCUGAAGCCGUGCCAAUAUUCGCCAGUGCACAUCACGACUGGUGAAUAAAUACCCUCUCGCGACCUGAUGUUAAAUACCAUGUUACUAACAGGACCGGGAAUUAUUAGCCCUACCUUAGCACUGCAAAGUGAUGUUGGGGGUCGGCUGCUUUUUUUGACCUACAAGACAUC